UAUAAACUUUCUAAAAAUUAGUCAAAUCAAAUCGUCAAAUCUAUAGUCCUAAUAGGAAAGGAAGUUGAAAUUUUGAAAAUAAUACGAAUCUAGUAUAUUGUAGGUAUAUAAUUAAUAUAAAUCCUUUAUAUUAAAUAAUUCCAAAAUGACAAAGCAAGAACCUUUGGUAGAAUAUUUAAAAGUUAUAAUAGGUAAUGAUGUUUCUAGUGAUAUUGUGAGCUAUAUAAAAAGUAUAAAACAUGAAGAAGAUUAUGAAGAAUUUAUGGAAAACAUUCUGGACAAAAAUAACAGUGCACAUAUGAGAUCAUAUGAAGGAAUUAAAAACAUCAUUUUGGGAUACAAAAAUAAUGAAAAGAAUUCCAAUAAUGCUCCUCAGAAAACCGACAGUCGUUUUGAUAGUCAAAGUCGUUCAACACAACAUCAAAAGAAGGGCAAAACGAAAUUUAGAGAUAUCAACACGUAUCAAGCCAAAAAGAAGGAAAAGGAUGGUCGGUCACCAUGUGAUUGUUUAGGUCAAGAACAUGAAUUCAUGAACAAUUGUUUAGUUUGUGGAAAGAUACACUGUAUGGAAGAAGGACCAGGCCCUUGUCUCUUCUGUGGAAAUCCUGUAACCGUAAGAGGAGAAGAAUCAUUCAACAAUGGUGGAAAAACAAAAUCUAUCAUGAAACCUCGAGAAAACAAAGUUUUUGAUGACGAUAAUGACUAUUUCAAGAUUAAUUCGAAGAAGAAUAAGGAAAAAGAGAGUAAAAAGAAAAUGGUAGUUGCAUUAGACUUUGCAGCUCGUCGAGUUAUAGAGAGCAGUCAGGAAGAUGCAAAGAUAAGAGAACGGUUAUUACAGGAAUCUGUGGAACACUUGAAGAAGGUCGAAAAAGUUUAUAAGAACAUUCAGAAGCAUUCAGAACAAGUGAAUAAAGAAAAGAGAAAUAAGAAUGUGAAUGAUGAUUUGGUGAAUUUAUUGAUACAAAUGCGCUAUAAGAAACCUGUAGGUGUGGAAGAUCUGGGACAAGAGGAUGGCAUUAUGCCAAUCAUUGAUUACGGUACGAGAGUGUUUGAUGAGGACCUCAUGGCCACAGUUGACCAUGGGCUGUGCCUCAGCAUGCAUCAACCUUAUGCGAGUCUUCUUGUUGCCGGAGUUAAAAUGCACGAAGGGAGGACGUGGCCAACAACUCAUCGGGGACGCCUGUGGAUUGCUGCUGCUGCUAAAGCACCAGAUGAAGAUGAGGUUGAUGCCCUGGAAAGUUUCUAUAGAGAAUACUAUCAAGAUCCCACUUUGUCAUUUCCCAAGGAGUUUCCCACAAGCUGUUUACUCGGCUGUGUAUUUGUGGAAGACUGCAUGGAGCAAGAAGCCUACCGUAAAAAAUAUCCAAAUGGAGAAAGCAACAGUCCCUUUGUCUUGAUUUGUUCAAAUCCAAUCAUUUUGCCUAUAUUUUAUCCGAUUAUUGGCAAACAUAAAAUAUAUCCAUUAGAUAAGGAAUUGCACAAAUGUGCGAAGAUGGCUUUACAGCAUGCUAAGUAUAUUUCCUAGAAAUGUUUUGUUUUAUCUUUUGUCUCUGAAUAAAAAUUGAAACCUGA